AGGCCUUGGAGACCAGGGCCAGCCCUGGCCACACCCCAGGCUGUGUCACCUUCGUCCUGAAUGACCACAGCAUGGCCUUCACUGGAGAUGCCCUGUUGAUCCGUGGGUGUGGGCGGACAGACUUCCAGCAAGGCUGUGCCAAGACUUUGUACCACUCGGUCCAUGAAAAGAUCUUCACACUUCCAGGCGACUGUCUGAUCUACCCUGCUCAUGAUUACCAUGGGUUCACAGUGUCCACCGUGGAGGAGGAGAGGACUCUGAACCCUCGGCUCACCCGCAGCUGUGAGGAGUUUGUCAAAAUCAUGGACAACCUGAACUUGCCUAAACCUCAGCAGAUAGGUGAGCAGCUGGGGACCUGGGCUCCUCGGUAUGAGAGAGGAGGGACUGGGAGCUUGGACUCCCGGAUCUGAGGGAGGAGGGGCUGGGGGCCCGGGUCUGAGGGAGGAGGGGCUGGGGGCCUGGGCUCCUGGGUCUGAGGGAGGAGGGGCUGGGGGCCUGGGCUCCUGGGUCUGAGGGAGGAGGGGCUGGGGGCCUGGACUCCUGGGUCUGAG